GACGUGCGGGUUGCUGAGCGAGGAAGAGCUGAGGAUCACGGAGGCGUACGAUGCGACUGCGCUGGCGGGGGCGAUUCGUGCGAGGGAGGUUAGGUGUGUGGAUGUUGUAAGGGCGUUUUGUAAGGUCUGUAGAUUCUUUUUGUCUUUUUGUCUGGGUAAGGUUAUGGGGUAUGAGUUAUGAGUUAUUGGUCUGGGAUUGGGUUGGAUGUGGGUUUGGAAAGUUGGAAGUGGACGAUGGAUUGAGUGCUGAUGGAAUUGAGUGCUGAUGGAAUUGAGUGCUGAUGGAAUUGAGUGCUGAUGGAAUUGAGUGCUGAUGGAAUUGGUACAGCGAGCAGCCAUCGCUCAGCAACUUACAAACUGUCUCACGGAAAUCAUGUUCGACGACGCGCUCGCUCGAGCAGCGGAACUAGACGCCCAUAUCGACGCCGGAAACCCGCCGCUGGGUCCCCUCCACGGCGUCCCUGUUUCCCUAAAAGAUACGUUCAAAGUCAAGGGCUACGACGCCUCAAUCGGCAUCGCGGCAUUGGCGUUCAAACCAGCGCAGGAGAACUCCGUGCUCGUCGAGUGUCUCCUGAAAGCUGGCGCGGUGCUGUAUUGCAAGACGCAGGUGCCGCAGACACUCAUGGCCCUCGACUCGCACAACAACGUCUUCGGCCGCUGCAUCAACCCUUUCAACUCCCUCGCCACGGCAGGCGGCUCCUCAGGCGGCGAAGGCGCCCUACUCGCCCUGCGCGGCUCCAUCCUAGGCGUGGGCACCGACGUCGGCGGCUCCAUCCGCAUCCCCGCCAUGUGCAACGGCACGUACGGCAUCAAGCCCAGCUGGCAGCGCAUGCCCUUCGCCGGCCAGGAAACUGGGGCUCCGCCUGCAAUGGCCAAGCUGGGGAUACCAGCUAGUGCGGGACCGCUGGCGCACUCGGUGCGCGACUUGCAGCUCUUCCUCGAAGCCGUCGCGGGGCAGGAACCGUGGAGGUGGGAUCCGGAUGUUGUGCCUUCGCCUUGGAGUUCCUUGUCGUCUUUCUACGAUGCGUCUGGGAAGAGGGGGAGGAGGAGAUUGCGCAUCGGCGUCGUCCGCCGCGACGGCGUCACAGAGCCGCACCCGCCCAUCCUGCGCCUCCUCGACGAAGUCAGUUCGAAGCUGCGCGAUGCAGGCAUGCACGUCGUCGACAUGGACAUCACGCCCUUAUUCUCGCAGUGCCAAUCGCUCGCCAACGCCCUCUUCGGCAUCGACGGCGGGAACCACAUGUUCGACCUGCUCGAAGCCACGGGGGAGCCCCUGUCGCCGUGGCUCGCGACGCGGCUGCGACGCAAACCGGUCGUGCCGCUGGAGAAGGUGCGGGAAAUGCAGGCGAGGCGGGAGGAGCUGCAGAGGAGGUUUCUGGGGAUUUGGAAGACGGCGACGGCGACGGGGGAAGAGGAGCAGAUUGAUGCGUUGGUUUGUCCCGUGGCGCCGCAUGCCGUGCCGCCCGUCGAUCGGUGGAAUGCCGUCGGGUAUACGAGUUCGUUUGUUUUGCUGGAUUAUCCGGCUGGUGUUGUGCCUGUGAGGAGGUUCGAAAAGGGGGAUAUGGUGGGGGAGAUGUCUGGGAAAGAGGAAGGAAAGGGGAGUUGGAAUCGGGCGAAUCGGGCGCUUUGGACGGACUUUGAUCGGAGCGUGUAUAUCGGUACGCCGCUGUGUGUGCAGGUUGUGGUGCCGAAGCUGGAGGAGAGGAAGUUGGUUGAGGCGAUGAGUGCGAUUGAUGAGGCUAUCAAGGGGGAGGGGAAGGGGGUGGCGGCCAGGUUGUAGAUGUAGUGUCUACACGCAGAUUUUAGGGCGUUGAGAUACCCAAAGAAAAUGACCGAUGA